AUUCAAUCUUGAGAUCGAGAAGAGCUGAGGUGAGAAUACUGUGGAGUUCAAUGGCUACUUUUUAUAUCUCAAGGAUUGUUUCACUCCUUCUGGUGUGGAUAAUUCCAGAAAUUAAUGCCGUGGAUAAGGGAAACUUUAAGAAGUGUGAGCAAAGUAGCUUUUGCAAGAAUAAUAGAGAAAUUCAACCAGGAGAGUCUCCAUAUUCAGUAGUCAAAGAUUCUCUAGUAUUUACAGAUUCCUCCCUUGAUGUUAAUAUACUAAAUAAGAAAUCAAAUGUAUUACUCGGUCUAAAGCUUCAAACAUUAGAGAAAAAUACAGUAAGAUUUAGAAUUAAUGAACGGAACCCAAUUAGACCAAGAUAUGAAGUCAAAGAUGUCUUGAUUCAAGAACCAAAGACUAUAAGUAACCAAAAACUCAAACAGGAUGAUGAGAGUGUCCACAUUGGAUUUAAUAACAACAGUGUUGUUUUAACAUUUGAGCCUUUCCGCCUGGAUUUUUUGGUUGAUAAUGAAGUGGCAGUAUCUGUUAAUUCAAGAGGGCUGAUGAAUUUUGAGCAUUAUAGAGAAAAACAGAAAAUUCCUGUCAAGGUUGAAGAUGAUGAUGGAGAAGGUCACCCACCUGGAGAAAAUGAGGAGGAAAAGUCAGAUGAGCACCCAGAAUCGAAAGAAAAUGCAGAGAAAAAAGAAGAAGAAGAAGAAAGAGUCGAAGAAGAAAACUGGGAAGAAAACUUUAAAGAGCAUCAUGAUUCUCGACCACGAGGUCCCUGUUCUGUUGGUUUGGACAUCUCAUUCCCUGGUGUUGAACAUGUGUAUGGAAUCCCAGAACAUGCAGACACCCUAGCUCUCAAGACAACAGUUGGUUCAGAGCCAUACCGUUUGUACAACUUAGAUGUGUUUGAGUAUGAGCUGGACUCCAGGAUGGCUCUUUAUGGCAGUAUUCCUGUCAUGAUUGCUCAUAGUGUUGCACGCACAGUUGGUGUGUUCUGGAUGAAUGCAGCUGAAACGUGGGUGGACAUCAGUUCAUCCAGUGCCAGAAAGUCCAUGUUAAACUCACUGAUGUCCUUUUUCAAGGGAAGUGAGGAGGUCCCUCAGGUGGACACCCACUGGAUUUCAGAGAGUGGCAUCAUUGAUGUGUUUGUCAUGUUGGGUCCAAAACCUCAUGACCUGUUCCAAGAGUAUGCUGCAUUCACUGGCACAACUGCCCUGCCACCACUGUUUGGAAUUGCUUAUCAUCAAAGUCGAUGGAAUUACAAUGAUGAAGAUGACGUCAAAAACGUUGAUAAGGGUUUUGACGAUCAUGAUAUUCCCUAUGAUGUUCUGUGGCUGGACAUUGAACAUACUGAUGGAAAGAAGUAUAUGACUUGGGACAAGAAUAAAUUCCCAACGCCUGACCAGAUGCAGAAAAACUUGGCGUCAAAAGGUCGAAAGAUGGUUACUAUCAUUGAUCCCCACAUCAAACGCGAGGGUGGAUAUCACAUUCAUGAGGAAGCGACAAGACUGGGUUAUUAUGUGAAGAACAAAGAUGGCGGAGAAUACGAGAACUGGUGUUGGCCAGGAACUUCAUCGUGGAUCGAUUUCCUCAGUCCGGAAAUUCGCAAGUGGUGGGGCAGUAAAUUUGCUCUGAGCGAGUAUCAGGGCUCCACAGAAACUCUUUUUACCUGGAAUGACAUGAAUGAGCCCUCGGUUUUCCAUGGACCGGAAAUAACCAUGCAUAAAGACGCGCUUCACUUCGGAGACUGGGAACACCGCGAUGUGCACAACAUCUACGGCUUCUAUCAGCACAUGGCAACAGUGCAAGGACAGAUAGACCGUUCAGGGGGAAGGGAAAGACCGUUUGUCCUGUCGCGAGCUUUUUUUGCAGGAACCCAAAGAAACGGUCCCAUUUGGACGGGAGACAACACGGCGGACUGGGGCCACCUAAAGGCAUCUCUUCCCAUGAUCCUCACCCUAAACUUGGUUGGGCUGCCGUUUUCCGGAGCUGAUGUCGGUGGCUUCUUUAAAAAUCCUGACCCAGAGCUGUUACUCAGGUGGUAUCAGGCGGCUGCCUUCCUGCCAUUCUUCCGCGCACACGCUCACUUGGACACCAAACGCCGGGAGCCUUGGCUUUACGAUGAGCAGUAUAAGAAUCUGAUCAGAGAUGCCAUCCGUGUGAGGUACUCACUGCUGCCGUAUUGGUACACCUUGUUCUACCACGCCUCUGAGACCGGCACGCCCAUAGUCAGGAAAAGAUCUUCUUGUUAAACCAGUCACGACCCAAGGACAGAACUCGAUAGAUGUUUACCUUCCAGGAAAAGGAGAGUACUGGUACGACUUGCAUGAUUUCAAGAUUUACCGAGGGGAGAGUACGAUCUACGUGUCUACACCACUCGAGAAGAUCCCAGUGUUCCAGCGUGGAGGAAGCAUCAUCGCGACCAAGCAACGAAUUCGCCGAUGUAGUGCACUCAUGCACAAGGAUCCAUAUACGUUAACCAUGGCCUUAAAUCCCAGUGCUGAAGCAGAGGGAGAUCUUUACGUGGACGAUGGACACACCUUUGACUACAAGAAUGGCGCCUACAUUUACAUGAAGUUUUCAUUCCGUGGCGGACGAAUGGUGGCGAAGAAUGCAUCCAAACCCAUUCCUCUUCAGCCUCAGACUGAAGAAUCAGGGAUUUUAUCGUCAAUGUGGAACUUCCUGCGGGAGACGCCGAACACUCAGUACACUACCGCUGCUUGGAUAGAACGCAUUGUCAUUCUUGGAAUAAGUAACGCUCCUAAAGGAAUCUUCCUUACUUCUGAUGGUGGAGAGACUAGACACCUCCAGUUCACACAUGAUCCCUCGACUCACACGAUGACGAUCAAGAAGCCUGGGGUUAAUAUAGCUAAAGAGUGGACAAUAACUAUGCACGCUUAAAUUAGAUUUUCAGUAAAUUAUCAACUUUUUUUACACUUUUUGGGGAAAUUGUUUUCACAAUGGUGAACAAGACGAAUUCCUCUCGUCUUUAAUUAGGCACGGCGACACUGCCACUGGGAGAGAGAACUUUUGUAACAACUUACUGUAAGGAAGGAAUUAAAGUGAUUUGUACAAACAAA